AUGCGAGCUGAUGUAGCAGCAUCAGGGCGAUUUGACCACCGGUGGCUGGCAUACGCCACGCUUAAGGAUAUGUCGUGGCUCAGAGAUCGACAGGGUAAGGCAUACAGCUUGAACGGGGCCGACUUUGCGCGAAACUUGAAUUACCUUGGCGAGACAAUGACGUGGACGACCCUGCAGAGUGGCAUGGUCUUGUUCUCUCCUACGCGUGACAUGGCGUCCCAGUCCAUGGCAAAGCGACGGCAUUUUGGGUCCUUCUGCCUCGCGCUGCUUUACAAUUUCCCGUCACUGGUAUAUCGACCACUGGAGCCUGGGUCUGUGAUUGCAUACUCUACAAAGGUGCACCAGUUCCAUGACUGGCUUCUAACUGGUGACGGUAAGUCGCUCAGACAUUUUGAUACGGGCAUGGAAUGUGGAGUGCAACCGGUCGCGUCGAUGGCGGCAUGCGAUAUAGCCGCGUCAACAGCUAGUAAGUCUCCUGUUCACUUUGGAGCGCAUCCGGCGCUUACUCGCGUUGUCCACAUGUGGGCUGUGUAA